AUGAGUGAUAAUACAUUUCAACAGCAAGUCACCCAUCUAGUAGAACACCCCGAGUUUCUUCAAUAUAUCAAAAGUCUCCCUGUCUAUCAUGACCCACUUGAAUUAGAUUAUUUGAAAAGUGCCAUGAAGAGAAAGAGCUUUACUCCACUAAUCGAAACCCUUGAGAAACUGAUAUAUGUUCCUGGUAAAAUAGUUCCAUACGGUUCGUCUUAUUUUGAUUUUUUUGAUGGCCAAAACGACGUUGACACAACAUUUUUAACAAGUGAAUUUCCAACGGCGUAUGUGGUGAAACAAAACGAAGACGCUUUUAAUUACUACAAAGAACAAAAGAGCCAAAAAUUAAGUGUAGCUUAUCAAGUUUUCAACUGUCUCCAACAGAUGUCCAAGACCGAAGAAGUGAAUAUGAAAAAUUUAGUGAUAGUAGACAGAGCGUUAGUUCCAAUUAUUAGUUUGACUUUAAACGGGUGUGACGUCGAUAUCUCAAUCGACAAUUUUGAUGGUAUUUAUAACUCUGAGAUCGUCAAGUCGUACUUUUCAGUCCAUCCUAAAGUGCGCGCCUUCGUGCGGGAAGUCAAACAGUUCCAUAAAGAAAACAAAUUGAUCAAUCCAAAGAAUGGUUUGUUUAAUAGUUUCAGUAUAGUUCUUUUGGUUCUUUUCUUCUUAUUAAACAAGGAGUUACUUCCUGAGCUUCAAAAUGAGGAGUUAAUGACUAAGACGUGUGAUGGGCACAAGAUUAGAGAAUACAAAAGUGUCUGUUCGACGUGUCCGGUGAAGUGGUUUGAAUGUGAAAAGUGUUAUGAGAAUUAUAGAAAGAAAUGGGAUGUAUUAUUAUUAGACGAUUUGCUGGUCGAGUACUUUGCUUUUUAUUUGUCCUUUGACUUCACAAAGAAAAUCACAAUCUUCCCGUCUUAUUUCAAAACACCCGAAAACGAAAAAUCAAGCAUCUCCGUCAUCUCACCAUUUUUACCUUUUUUAAACUUAACUAGAAAAUUCGAUACACAAUUAGUUCAAUUAUUAAAUUGUUAUAGAAUCGCCGCUGGGUCGUUUUCUCAAAAAUUGUCAAAUUGCGUUUUUGCAAUUGCUUUUGAGGGAGAUAUACCUCAACUACUCACUCAUCUCGAAGAUUAUAAAUGCACAGACGCACUCUACUUUUAUCCACAAAGCGAUGACCAAAAUAUCGUUUUUGUAAAAUUCUUGACCAAAGCUCUCUGCUCAAAAUUCGUUAAAGAUUUCAACUCAAAAUUCACUCACAACAUCAAAUCUAUUCAGUUGGUUAAUUUCAACAUUAUCACCUUCGUUCCGUCAUUCGAAAUAGCUAUUAAAUAUACUAAAAAAUACAAUUAA